UGCGCGAGACAGACAGAGCCAGCUGUUGCACUCUGCCACUUGCGCCACCAUGGUCGAGACGCGCGUCCGGGCCGCGUCCGGGAGCUCGGCCGACGCGCUCAAGGCGUCGCACGAAGGCGCGGCGAAGCGCCGACUGAGCAAGACGGAGAUCGACCCGCAGCACGCUCGCCCGGAUUCCGACGACAUGGGCGACGACGCGGAGGAUACCUUUGGCAGCCCGUCGCUCAAGAGCAUCUACUCGGUUGCCGCCACAUCGUCGACGCGGCCAACGCGCAGCUCGUCCUUUACGGACGUCGAGACGGUCUCGCUCAACUGCUCGGCCUUUGGCAAGUUCCGCGACCAGCGCUUCCAGACGCGGCCGGCGUCCAAGAUGGCCAACUUUUUCCGCCGGCGAUCGCUCUCGAAAGCGAGCAGCUCGGUGGGCCAGCCGACGACGUUUACCGAGAACGACAUCCACAUGGCCGGGUACCUCUCCAAGCGCGGCUCGUGGCGCAAGAAUUGGAAGCAGCGCUACUUUAUCUUGCGCAUUGACCACCCGAGCUUGUGCUACUGCGACUCGGAGCAAACGCUCGAGCUGGUCGGCCAAGUGCCCAUCACACCCAACACGCGCGUCAUUGACAACUCGAUUGGGUGUCAGAAGGCGCCGUUCUACUUUGAAGUGCACACGCCGCGCCGCGUGCUGUACCUCGGCGCCAGCACCGUGCAGGAGCACCGCAAGUGGAUCCGCUCGAUCCGCGAGACGGUCGAGCUCGUCCGGUCGCGCGAGCAAGGCGAAAACUACGUGACGCAGUCGUGCGUCGUGCGGCCGUCGCCGACCGACGCUGGACGCCCGACCGCGUCGUCGGUCGUCUCGUACUCGCUGCACCGCGCCGCGUCCUCGCUCCAGGAUGACGACCACGAGUCGAUCGUCUUGCACAGUAAUGACGCGCUCGACGGCCGCUACGACCUCCGGAUAGAGCUCAUCGUCGACGAAGAGAACGAAGCCGCCGCAUUUUAUGUGCUUCUUGAAUGCCUCGUGGCCGGCGACUGGAAGCCGCUGGGGCAAACCGACGUGUUUCGGUGCUCGGACGACGAUGCGAUCGACCGCGUGAGCUACCGGCACCCGUUCGCCGUGCUCUUUGAGCUCAAAACCGACAAGGUCACCGAGCUGCGCUUCUCGCUGUUUCGAGCGACGAGUGCGGCCGAAGACGUCUCGUUCAACAAAACGCCCAUUGCCAUGGCGCAGUCCGAGCUCGCGCUGCUCUUGCCGUAUGCGCUCGUGUCGUCCGGAGGCAUCGACAUUGACCUUGUCUCGCCCAAGAUGCUGCGGUCGUCGCUGAGCCAGUCCCGUCGCAACCUCCUGUCUCAAGGUCUCUCGUCGCUGCGCGGGUCGGUCCAGCGCUCGAUUGCGGGAGACGACGAGCUCCAAAUGUACUUGCACGUGACCGCAUACGCGCAAGAACCGAGCGUCACGGUUGGCUUGCCGCAGACGUCGCACGUCGUCGCGCAUCAAAAGUACGUGGUGCCAACGGCGACGUCGGCGUUCGGGCUCGUGAUUGACGAGACGCUGAGCGUACCCGACGCCACCUUUGCGGUCCCGAUCGCGUUCAUUCAGUACCUCCAGCGGGAGCUCGCGAAGCGCCUCGCGACCUUGCCUCCGGACAAGGCCCUCUUGCGUGACGCCUAUGCGUCGAUGACCUCGGACUAUGACGAGCUCCUGACGUUCCUCCUCGGAGCUGCCAAGGCCCACGGCUUUCGCAAGAGCACGCUCAAGAAGCACCACGAGUGGCAGUGGGUCGCGACGAACCUGCACCUGCAGGCCAUGCACGUGCACAACGGCUUGGAGCGCGUCGGCGUCUACACGACGCUGACCAUGGGGGCGCCGGCUGCCCACAGCCGCGGGUUCGCCAAUGGUGGCAGCGCCCGGCUGCUCCGUGCGUUGCACGACGGCCUCCGAGAUGCAAAUGCGACGCAGAAGCGCAAGAUGCGCAGCCACGUCCCGAUCACGAGCUUUGAUUUGCUCUCGAUGCCGGCGUCGUUAUGUCCGCCACGCGAGACGUCGGUGAAAGCCUACUGCCCGCUCACCACCACGUGCAAGGCGUGGGUUGAUGUCGAGAUGCGCAUGCAUGCCGUGUGCGCGCAGAUCCUCUCGGCGGUCGUCGCCCACAUCGAAGCGCUUCUGGAACUCGCUAUGAACGGAUCGGCGUACCACCGGCGCGCGCUCGUGACGGUCGAAGACGUCGGGUUGCUGCUCAAUUUCGAGUCGCUUCUCUCGACGCAUGGCAACGAAGCCGGUAUGCUCGAGGACUUUCAAGCCGCUUGCAUGUGGCUCGACCGCGCUUCCUUUGUGUUUGACCCGGCCGUGCCGACGGUUGCGUUUGAGACAGCCGCCAACGGCGACGUCGGUGUCCGUCUCCGCCUUCCGAUGCACUUGUCGUCGGCGUUGCCGCCGCGGCUCCUCUCGGGGCAGGCAUUCCGCGUCAUUGCCGUCCUGUUCACCCAAGGCAUCAACGAGAUGCAGUCGCUCGCGCAUGCGAUGCGCAGCGCGACGACGCAGACGCAAGACGAGAUCAACCACGAGAGCUACCUCCGGCUCAAGCGGCACUACGUGGCGUUCAAGACCGCGGGGCUCGGCGGCGACGUCGCGGCCCUCGAGAGCCUCUGGCGCACGAUCGAGGCGAGCGUCUUACACCCGAUGGCGCACAAGAAGAACGUUGGGCUGCUUGUCGCGACGUCUGAAUUUUGCCGGUCGAUUGGCGGCGGCCGCACCACGUGCUGCAAGAGUGGGAAAGAUCGCACCGCCAUGUCGGUCACGCUCGAGCAAGCGCGGAUUCUGACCAACGAGUGGAAGGCGAUCAACGGGCGCCUUGUGUGUGAGACGAUGCGGCUCUGCGGCGUGCGCCGCACCAAUGUCUUUAUGAACAUCCAGUCGGAAAAGUUCGCGUUCAACGAGCUCCAGCGGAAAUUGCUGCCCGACUGCUACAAACCGCCCAUGGGCACCUAUAAAUCGGGCCGCACCUAGUCGUGUCCGUCGACUGCUGUACCUCGCGUUGCUUCGAUUCAUCGUUUAAAGUUUGGAG